UAAUAGAAAAUUUAUAUAUGAAGGUAAAAAGUCUUAUCCUCUUUCUCUGAAUGUUAACUUUGUUUUGUACUUGGAACCCAAGGACCUGACGUUGAAUGAAGCUUCUGUUAGCUUCAUUUUGAACAGAGGAUGACAUUCCCAAACAUUAGAGAUGCAGACACUGAUUCAAAGUGAAGAGGUGUCCUCUUAGCCAUUGACCUCUGCUUUGGUCCUUUGGGUUCAAAACAGAACCUUUUGUGAAAUGUAUUGUUUUGCUCCAUAGUCUGUGCCAGACACUGUAAUAGUCUCUUUCUAGUUGUCCAAUACUGAAAUUGUCAUUACUCUAGGAAGCUACUAUUAUCAUCCCCCUUAUUUCCAUUUUACAGCCAAGAAAACUGAAGUACAGGGAGACACAAUAACUUACCUGAGAUCGUGUUGCUAACGAUGGCAGCUCUCAGGUUUAAAGCUCAGAUCUGUAGCGUUCCAAAUCCAGGGUCUUUUUCAUUGUACUCACUGUCUCAUUUAUGUCUCUUUACCUGUCUAUGUCCUAACUCAAUUUCUCUUCCUCCUUUCUUUGGCCCCUUCUCCUGCAGGCCCGUGACCAAGGUGUAAGACUAAGAGGGGGAGUCAUGCUUCACACGGCCUUAUCAUGUUGGCAGCCAUUCCUGGGUCUGGCUGUGGUCUUAAUCUUCAUGGGAUCCACCAUUGGCUGCCCUGCUCGCUGUGAGUGCUCAGCCCAGAACAAAUCUGUUAGCUGCCACCGAAGGAGACUGAUUGCCAUCCCAGAGGGCAUUCCCAUCGAGACCAAAAUCUUGGACCUCAGCAAGAACAGGCUGAAAAGUGUCAACCCUGAAGAAUUCAUCUCAUACCCUCUGCUGGAGGAAAUAGACUUGAGUGACAACAUCAUCGCCAAUGUGGAGCCGGGAGCAUUUAACAACCUCUUCAACCUGCGUUCCCUCCGCCUGAAGGGCAAUCGCCUGAAGUUGGUCCCUCUGGGGGUCUUCACGGGCCUCGCCAACCUCACCAAGCUUGACAUUAGUGAAAAUAAGAUUGUCAUUUUACUGGACUACAUGUUUCAGGAUUUGCAUAACCUGAAGUCUCUAGAAGUGGGGGAUAAUGAUUUGGUUUAUAUAUCACAUAGGGCCUUCAGUGGGCUGGUUAGCUUGGAGCAGCUCACCCUGGAGAAAUGCAACCUAACAGCGGUACCAACAGAAGCCCUCUCCCAUCUCCGCAGCCUCAUCAGCCUGCAUCUGAAGCAUCUCAAUAUCAACAACAUGCCCGUGUAUGCCUUUAAAAGACUGUUCCACCUGAAACAUCUAGAGAUUGACUAUUGGCCUUUACUGGAUAUGAUGCCUGCCAAUAGCCUCUAUGGUCUCAACCUCACAUCCCUCUCAAUCACGAACACCAACCUGUCCGUUGUACCCUUUCUUGCCUUUAAACACCUGGUCUAUCUGACCCACCUUAACCUCUCCUACAAUCCCAUUAGCACCAUCGAAGCUGGCAUGUUCUCGGACCUGAUCCGCCUUCAGGAGCUUCAUAUAGUGGGGGCCCAGCUCCGCACCAUUGAGCCUCACUCCUUCCAAGGGCUCCGCUUCCUUCGUGUGCUCAAUGUGUCUCAGAACCUACUGGAAACUUUGGAAGAGAAUGUCUUCUCCUCCCCUAGGGCUUUGGAGGUCCUGAGCAUUAAUAACAACCCACUGGCCUGUGACUGCCGCCUUCUCUGGAUCCUGCAGCGUCACCCCACCCUGCAGUUCGGUGGUCAGCAGCCCAUGUGUGCUGGCCCAGACACCAUUCGUGAGAGGUCAUUCAAGGAUUUCCAUAGCACUGCCCUUUCUUUUUACUUUACCUGCAAAAAACCCAAAAUCCGUGAAAAGAAGUUGCAGCAUCUGCUAGUGGAUGAGGGGCAGACGGUCCAGCUAGAAUGCAAUGCUGAUGGAGACCCACAGCCUGUGAUUUCCUGGGUGACACCUCGAAGGCGUUUCAUCACCACCAAGUCCAAUGGAAGAGCCACUGUGUUGGGCGAUGGCACCUUGGAAAUCCGUUUUGCCCAGGAUCAAGACAGUGGGACGUAUGUUUGCAUCGCUAGCAAUGCCGCUGGGAAUGACACCUUCACAGCCUCCUUAACUGUGAAAGGAUUCACUUCAGACCGCUUCCUUUAUGCAAACAGGACCCCUAUGUACAUGACCGACUCCAAUGACACCGUUUCCAAUGGCACCAAUGCCAACACUUUUUCCCUGGACCUUAAAACAAUACUGGUGUCUACAGCCAUGGGCUGUUUCACAUUCCUGGGAGUGGUUUUAUUUUGUUUUCUCCUCCUUUUUGUGUGGAGCCGAGGGAAAGGCAAACACAAAAACAGCAUUGACCUUGAGUAUGUGCCCCGAAAAAACAAUGGUGCUGUUGUGGAAGGGGAGGUGGCUGGACCCAGGAGGUUCAACAUGAAAAUGAUUUGA